AUGUUCAUGGACAUCAAUAAAAUAAAAUGUCGCCAUCUUGUUUACAUAUGUCCAUUGCCGCAUUAGGUUUUCGGUGUUUACAAGAUUAUAUUCAAGUGAAGGCGUCUUUAUUUUAUAAGUUUUUUUGUCUUAUGAAUUUUAAUUCAUAUUUAUCUAACUAUUAGUUUGUUAAUCAUUAAGUGAUUAUCUUCCGAACUAAUAUUUUAGAUCUGUGUUAUUAAAGUUGUGUAAGAACACAAUUUAAUUAUAAAUUGUUUGUUUUACGUUGAAUUAUUAGUACUAUUAUAGCUAUUUAACACCAAUUAAUUUUACUAGAGAUUAUUAUGGCUCUAAGCACAAGCCAGCCUAUACAAAAUAAUGUGCAAUCAUCACCUGGUACUGGUUGGCCCAGACGUACUGCAACUUUAAAAUCAUCGACUUGUCCAUCUCUAAAUAGACACAUUAAUUUAUACCCAUUAUCAAAUUAUAAAUUUGGUACCAAAGAACCUUUAUUUGAAAAGGAUCCAUCAGUACCUGCAAGGUUUCAACGGAUGCGUGAUGAAUUUGAAAAAAUAGGAAUGAGACGAAGUGUUGAAGGUGUUCUUAUUGUACACAAGCAUGGAUUACCACAUGUACUCUUAUUACAACUAGGCACUACUUUCUUUAAAUUACCUGGUGGUGAGUUGAAUCCCGGUGAAGAUGAAGUUGAAGGACUUAAACGAUUAUUAACUGAGACAUUAGGAAGACAAGAUGGUGUUCAACCGGAAUGGACUGUUGAGGAUACCAUAGGAAAUUGGUGGCGGCCUAAUUUUGAGCCUCCCACUUACCCAUAUAUACCACCUCAUAUAACUAAGCCUAAAGAGCAUAAAAGACUAUUUUUAGUUCAGCUACCUGACAAAGUUCUCAAUGGCAACAUGAUUUGCUGGUUCAAAAAGGAUCAUCCCAGUUGAUUGUUAAUCUUCAAAUACAAGAUUGUUAUGAUUUUUUUUUUUUUUUUUUCAAAAAAUAAAUUUAUCCAAUGAGACUUUCUUGAUAGGAUUUUCUCUUGGGAGAAAAAAGUGAAUUUGAAGCCCUGAUUUUUACUAUAAACUUGUGAAUACAAGUUUAGUUGGUUUAAUCCAAAGUAUUCUAACAUUUUUAUUCAUGUGAAAUUCUGUUUAGGAUACUGACUCAUAUUUAUUUUCUGUCUUACUAAAUUUUACUUUUCAUAUUUUUAAUUAAUUUUUAUAUAUAAUAUUGUUUUUUCUGAAUUUUAUCCCACACUUAACUUAUUUUAAAGAAUAGAGUUAUUCAAGUUGUUUUCUACAUAAAUAGUCUUAUAAAAUAUAAUAAAAAAACAUGUAAACCACAGUUGAAUAUUUUAAUUUGGUGCAAAUAUUAAAUUGUAUUAUUAGAAGUGAAAAUUCUGUUUAACAGAUAAAAAACCUUUUAUGAUAAUUGUGCAAUCAUAAUUUAUUCUGUUAUAAAUAUUUAACUCUUAUUAUUUGUUGUAAAGUUUAUUAUAUGAAUAUUAAAAGUAAACAUAUGAGGCCAAAGUUAAUUGUUAUCAAUGCAAUAAUAACAAAAAGGUUAUUUAAUGCAACUGAUUAGUGGUAUAAAUCUAUAUAUAAUAUAUAUAGUAGUUAAAUGCUUUUUUAUAUAAACAUUAAAAUUUUCUCUUGGGUGUGUUAUUAAAUUAAUACAUUAAAUAUAUUUUAAACACAUUUAAUUGAUAUGUGUUUAACAUAACCUGUAUUUCGUAAUUGUGUUUAUCAAUUGUCUGUGUGUAGGUUUUAGUAUAUUUACUAUUGAUCAUCUAAAAUUUAAAAUAAUUUUUUUAAUUUAGCUGUUUGAUUUCUUGUAAAAUAAAAAGUUCAAAAGAUAUCUUUUUAAAUAUGGUGAAUACUUGAAAAUUUAAUAUUUACUUGUUUCUUCAUUUUGUUGUUUAGUUUCAUAAAAGAAAAAAAUAUCUAUAUGGAGCAGUUCUAACUAAUAAUUCUUAAUAUUGGUUAUUAAAAUAUCAUGACAUUUUUUAAAACAAUUUUUCCAUUGUUAGACUAUAUUAAAAACAUGUUUUUUAUUUUUAUUAUUUCUGGAAUUUCAAAAAAAUUUCAUUUUUAGCUUUUUCUUAUAAAAAGUUUUCAUAGGUUGAUGACAACCUAAGAAUAUUUUUUUUUAUGUUGGUAGCAUUUUAAUUAAUAUGUAAUGUUGGUAUGUAGUACAGGUAGAGUAUGCUUUUAAAUAUACGCCAGUUCAAACUUUACCCACCAGUGCUACAUACUCCCUAUUUAUUAAAAUACAUGUAACUCAAUAAGUACUUACCUUAAAGUUGUUAUUGAUCUAUCAACAAUUUUUGUAAGAAAAGAAAAAAUAUUUUUUUUUAUUGUUAAAAAUAAAUUAUUAAAAUAUAUUUUUAAUAUAGUCUAAGAAUACAAAAACUAUUAAAAAAAAAUUAAAGCAAAGUUUUAUUUGUAUCAAAAGUUUUAAGAAUUGUCAGUUACAAAUGUUCUGCCUGUACAAGGUGAUUAUUUAUUAUAAACUACUCGAUUACUC